GAUGAAGCGAUAUAUAUCCUCCCAGCAACAUCCUCACCACCUAUCUAUCAAACACACUCAUGCAGACAGUGUAGGAAAGAAAAAAAUGAGAAAAUUAUAUAAUGGAACCGAAAUAUUCCAGAGCAGCCGAAGGAAGAAAAUGGGAAGCCUCAAACAGCUGAUGGCAGACAGGCACCUCGAAAAUCAAUGACGAGUGGACGCCGGUGAUUCUUUCUCAACAUUUCUAACAUUGAGGGAGAGUGAGGGACGAGCCAGCGCUGCCCGUCCGCCCACACUCCUGCCGAUCCAGGAUGGCGGCCAAGAUGCCUCAGGAGACCCUGUACUCCUGCGAGGUGUGCGGGCUGGAGGGCCUGGCUGAUGAAGACCUCCGUUCCCACAUGUUGUUGGUGCACCUGCCGGGCACCACUGCCUGUCCCUUCUGUGACCUGGAGGACAUCACUGCCCCAGAGAUGGUUUACCACGUCAACUCGGCUCACCUGGAUUACCUCAGUCCGCAAGAUGAGGAUCUGGACGAUGAUCUGUUGAUGGUGACCAACGGCUAUGGCGAGCACCCUGAGGCACCGGUGGAGGCUCGUAAUGGCCUGGAUAAUCGGCGGGUGCCACUCAUCAACAUUGACAAUGAUGAUGGUGAUGGCUUCAAUGCCAACCUGAGCCCUGCCCACGGCAAAGGUGGCAACAGCCGGGGCUCCCCCUCCCGGGCCCAACUGUCCCUCAACCUUAAUCAGCGGGGCCCUCAGAGUGCCCCACCCAGCCAGAGCCCUGCAGGUGUGACUGCCUGCCCCAUCUGUGGCCUGCAGGAGACAUCAGCACAGAGACUGGAGGAGCACAUCAACAGGGCACACUUUGACCUCACUUCACCUUCCUUCCCUGCCAUCACGCCUCGUCAGGAGGUGGUGCUUACUUGUCCGCUCUGCAUGAAGCACUUUGAGUCAACACCAGACCUGGAGCUACAUGUGAACAUCCAACACAAGGACAUCCUCAGCCCAGCCAAGUCAGAAGUGUGCUCCCCUGAGGAUCAGGUGUUAGAGGAAGAGGAAGAGGAGGAGGUGGGUGCAUGUCCAGUGUGCAGCAGGGUGGGCUUCACUUCACAGGGCGAUCUGGCUGCCCACAUUGACACCCACUUUUCUCGCACCCCUUCCAUUGUGACCCCAGAUGAAGGUGGGUGGGAGAGGCGACUGGUGACUGAGCUAGAGAAACAGGAGAAGGAAGUCCAGCGCAUGAGGGAACAGCAGGAGUUUUCUUUGCUUAGGGCUCAGUAUGGGAUGGACAAUGAGGGGAACUUCUCACAGCAGAGCCUGAGCAACAUGCAGCGUGCUGUAUAUGCAGGAGAGAUGACCGUGGCAGACUACUACGAGCGUCAAAUAGAACUCAAGAUUGCUGAGAAGAAUGGUGUCGAUGAUGCCCGCUCUUGCACCAAAGGGCUGCUGGGGCCAGUGCGGGUGGUGAGCGAGGGCACCAACAACGUGAAGGCCACCUACCUGUGCACCACCGUGGACCACUAUGGCUCAACCUAUGGGGACAGAGGCUGGGGUUGUGGAUACAGAAACAUCCAGAUGCUGCUGAGUUCGCUGCAACACCACACAGGCUAUUAUGCUCGCCUCUUCUCAGGGCCAAACAUGAUGCCUUCCAUCUCACAGAUACAGAAGCUCAUUGAACAGGCCUGGCGGAAUGGCUUUGAUCUUCAGGGUUGUGAGCAGCUCGGAGGAAAGCUGUCCAACACACGCAAAUGGAUUGGUGCUACAGAGGUUGUCACACUACUUUCCUCCUUUAGGAUAAAGUGCCAGCUUAUUGACUGCCACCGGCCAACAGCCUCGGAUGGCACCCACCCUGAACUGUUUCGUUGGUGCCUUGAUUACUUCUCCAGUCAGGCAGAGUUCAAGCCUCCCAUCUACCUCCAGCACCAAGGCCACAGUCGCACCAUCAUUGGCGUGGAGCAGCUAGGUGGUACUGAGGGUGGUGUACGGCUGCUGGUAUUGGAUCCAUCACACUCACCUGCUCAAGUCUCCCAACUCCUACACACCCAGACUGCUCCAUCUGCUAUCAGACUGUUGCGCAAGCCUCUGUCCAGCAUGAGGGCCAAGCAGUACCAAAUGGUGGUGGUGGCAGGGCUUAUGCAGACAGAAUUGGAGUAUAAGCAAAGCAAGGUUCUUCAAGCAGCUAUUCGUAUACCGAAGGAUUGAAAUUAACUUAGCCAACUAGCAAACCAGGAAAGCAAACCCUUCAAAGUGAUAUUACCUAACAUUACCUGAAGGUGGAGUAGCAGGAGUAGGAGGAGAAGGAGUGGAUGAGAGGACACUCACUGCCACUCACAACAAGUCACAUGUGAUAUGCUGCCACUAGUGUUUUGUAAACAAUUUGUUUGCCUGUAGCUGCCUUGGAUAAUGGGUGUGGGAGACGGGGUGUGUGUGUCUAGGAAAUGAAGGGUGUCAUGGUGCAGUCAUGGAGAGACUCUAAAUGUGAAUGUGUGUGAGUGUGCAUGUCUUGGCAGUGGUAAAGGGAGAGAAGUGCCCUGAUGAAGGGUGUGGAGAAAGGGUGCAUGGAUGAGUGUGUGUACAUAUGCACGUGUUGGGAGUGCAAGAGGCAACAGAGGACACAUACCCCACUUGUAGGCUAGUGGGACAUCUGUGAUGGUGGGACCAGAAAAUUAAACCCAUGUGAGAAGUCUUAUGUAUCAUGAGUCUGUUUACUGUGAUGGUGUGAAAGAGAAGAGUAGAGUAGUGUGAACUGGAAGAGUUGAAGAGGUGGAAGGAAAAGAAAUGGAAUGAAAAUGGAGACCAACCAUGAGAUCACCAGUUAUUCCCAGUUUAUCAGUGAUGUUAAAAUGUACACCAUACCACUGAAAAAUGGCAUAACACAAGAAAAGUCAGACAAACAGAAGACCCAAGUCAUACCCAGAACAAUUCAUGGCCGUGAGUGAAUCAGCCCAAGUGGUAAACAUUCGGGUGUCACACACAAGGCAGUGUCAAAAGAGAUCACAGUGUAUAGGUAGGAAAGUGUGUAUUGGGAACUAUUCUAGUCUAAGGUUUAUGACCUCAACUGAUCCAUCCAAACUCAUAUUUAGCUCUCUUGCAUGUGGGUCCCUACACAGGCUUCCCUUUGGUCAAUUAGAAAUCCUGAGAGAGAGGGAGAGAGAAGCUCAGCACCUGAAGUACCAUCUGGACUUCAUGAAUGUAAAAUGUUGAAUUUUCUACUUUAGGCAUAAGAACAAGGAUAUAAACCAUGUUUUAGCCCUAAUGAUAUGACCUAUGAAUACCAACAAUAUUGUUCUCUGUAAAUGGCUACCAUUAUCAGAAGUGGACCAGUUCCUCUCACUCCCUCCUUCCCACUUUAAGAUCUCUUGUUAAGACCAAAGUUUCUGGCCAGUGUCAGGGCCUCACACUGCUGUACACUACUCGUACAUACUAUUUAGAAUCUUAUAGAGGACUUUAAGCUCCCCACAGACUUGCCACUUUUAUUGUCUUGCAUUUACUCCUUGGUUGCCUGAAGAGCACAUAUCAGCUACUUCCUUUCAGUGAUGUGUUGAGGUUGUUGGCUGUGACAGGUAUCAGACAGAUCACUCAGGUGAGGUGUGAAGGUCCUGCUGUGGUUUUAGUGUUAGCAGCAGUGACACUACAACCUCCAGUGAUGGUCUUGAUGUGUUGGUUCUCAGAGGUUUGCCUGUAUCCUUAGUUCAUGUGUCAGAGAGAAGUGCCUGGGCAGAAUUGUUUGGAAGGGUAAAGAAAUUAAAUAGAAAGAGAGAGGUUGUAGAUGUGUGUGUGUGUGUGUGUGUGUGUGUGUGUGUGUGUGAGAGAGAGAGAGAGAGAGAGAGAGAGAGAGAGAGAGAGAGAGAGAGACUACCUUCACUCACAAUGCCUCAAGAUAACAAACAUCGUCAGUGACUCAGAUAAUUUCAGAAUUUGUGCCACACCUGUUACAAAAUAGGAAAGACUAAAUGUGUAGAGUAGUGAUUCUCAAACUUCAUAUUAGGAUAACACACUGAAAGAUGUGACAAAUGCAAUGCAGCAACUCUUUAUUAAGCAAGAAUAGUAAUAUACAUGUGUCUCGUAAAAGGUGAAGAUCUCACAAAAUCUAGUGAUAAAAUCACUAGGUUAGCAGGUUAGUGAUGGUAAGGGGACACAUUCAAGGUCCAGAUUCUUGUCUGUGUACAUAUUGAAGAAAAUUACGCAGCACAUAUGAGAUACUUUGUACACGGUUUGAAAACCACUGAUGUAGGGGAAUUUCUCAAUGGUCUAACUACAAAGAAUGGAUGUAGUAGGUAAUGUAUAUCACGGAUAUUUUACAGUUACCAUAAUCAGCACUGAGUCCACAGUGAGGAGAUGAAGAAGACAAUUAGUGUCGUAGUGAUUUCAGUUACCUACAAUUCAAUAGUGAUAGAAAGGCUCUUAAAAGUGAAUUUACUUAAUGUUACAUAUUACACACCUGCAAUCAGUCUGACAUUUAUUACCUGAGAUGGAAGAUAAGGCUGAUAUCGACAACGAGUUUGAGGGAUGAUAGAAUUGUUUUAGCCUUGAGUGUGAAUGCAUAACAUGUUGCCUGUGUGCAUGUGGAGUCACCUUACAAUACAAUUACUUUGGUGGAAAUUUGGUGAUAUUAUUAUGUUUUGGUUUUGGCCUUGUACAGUGUUGCUAUGUGUGUGUGUGUGUGUGUGUGUGUGUGUGUGUGUGUGUGUGUGUGUGUGUGUGUGUGUGUCCUCUAGAGUGUUGUUAUUCUUGUUAGUCUAGCAGUAAAGGGCUUUCAUGGUGGUCCCAAGUCUUCAACAGCAGGGCUCUCUUCUCCAUUCUACACACACACACACACACACACACACACACACACACACACACACACACACACACACACACACACACACACACACACACACACACACACACACACACACACACACACACACACACCUUCAUUGGUCAUGUAGGGUGAUCAUCCAAUCUUGCAUAUCAGUCAGUUUCUGUUAACACUACUUUGAUAUUGUAAAGUGUUAGGUAUUGGUUUGAGAGGUGGUCAUGCAAGUAGAGCUGUAGGAAUCAAAGUGAAUGGAAGUGAUCUUGUAGAAUCAGGAUAUGUAAAGUAAUAGUUGUAGUACCCUACUUGAUUGUAAUAGUAGUGAUUUAUUUAAUAUUUUGACAAUUGUAAUACAUUUAGUUUUGAAGAGCAUCUCCUGUAGAUAUAUCAGUGGUAUACCAAAGAAAUUAAUAUAAAGUUAUAAGUUAAAGUAGACUGACCUUUAAUGUUUUAAUCUUACAUGUUUAGUACAUUAAUGCCUUACUGGUUUUAAUCUUACAUGUUUAGUACAUUAAUGCCUUACUGUGACUCAUUUAAGGUUUAUCUGUAAGAUUUUAUUUUGGAAUAUUUCUAGUGUAAUGUCUUAUUAUGAUGUACCUUACUUUAAGCAUGUAUGUGUAAACUGAUCAUCACAUUCUGUGUGCAGAAGGUUGUGUCACAAAAGAAUUUACUGAAGACUCCAUUAUCAUCAUCAUAGGUUCUCAAGACAGAUACACACAAGCAAUGUUUUAAUUAUUCUUUUAAUGACUUUAUGGUAAAACAUAAUUUUGGUAAGUUCAUUCAAGUCAGAUAAAUAAUUUCCUAUUUUCUUAUAUAAAUAUCCUUUUGAUUAUUGUAUCUUGUGAAUGACUCAUUGAGGGCAAAGUAGUUCAUUUCAGAUGCCACUCCCCAUUCUCAUGAAUACUUAACAGUUCAAUUAUUAUGUGCUGCUUUCUUUUGAUUCAGUUACCAUAAAGAAUACUCACUCAGAAGAGGUAGAAUUCCUCUAGAAAGAGCUUAUGUAUGUCUGUCUUGAUGCAGUUGAUAGGGCCAAGAGAUGAGACAACAAAUAUGCACUGCAUCUACAGUCAUGUACCAAUGGCUGGAUGUGUACUUGUUGGCUCUUGGGGUAGUAUAUAAGUUGUGCUAGUUGAUGAAGAAUACACCUCUGUGCCACAGCAUUCAUGUGGAGGACUUGUAGUGUGUCUUGGUGUUGGGUGCAUGUACAGUCCUCACUUCCCUGGGCUGGACACCUCAUAAUGUUCCAUUGUCAGGCACAUCAUUUUAUGUAUGUUGCAAAAUCAGCAGUCUAUUAUUUUAGUUCUACUACUACUACUACUACUACUACUACUACUACUACUACUACUACUACUACUGGGUUCUUGGUUAGAAUUACAUAGAAAUAGGUUUUGAACAAUGGUGACGAUCUCUUUUAUCACAUCUUAAAGUGAAUGUAAAUAUUUUUCCUGUUAAUUGUCACUGAAUGUUUGGUCCUCAUCAGUAACUGUGCUGGACGACCAGGCAGCCUUACAUGAUAUGGAUGGCUCCAGGUACAGUUGAAUAAGAACAGUGAAUAAUUACAAAGUUGAAAAGCUAUGUGAAGCCCAGAGUUGACGUGAGGACCUUAUAAGCACUCUGUAAAUGAAGCAAAGAGGAGGAGGAGAAGGAGCUGUACUAUAACAUAAAAGGACCUUGUUGCCUUGCUGGGAGGGGGAACAGGGGGAAGCUGAGGCCUUUAUAGCAAGUAUGAUCUUAUUCUUACAUUAGAAAAAAAAAAAACUAAGUAAUGUCGCCAUCUUGUUAACACAAUCAAAAUCGAAAGGGAGGGAUGGGAAGCAUGAUAAUUAUGGUUUUAGAUCCUGCAGCGUGAUGAGUUUUCCGUGUACACUGGUCAGUCAGCAUUUGGUCAUGGUUUAUUCUCCAAGGUGUCAAGUGAGUUCAUAUACAGUGUUGCUCUAGGUUAAGGGGAGACAAUUACUGAGCUUCCUUUGGUGUGUUGCUUCAGUACCAAAUGACCCAGAGGACUGCUAUUCAGACAGCCUCCUCCACCUGUGUAAUGAGUAGUGAUGUGUAUGUAGGUAAAGAUCUUCCUUUGAUACUGUAAUAUAGUGUCUGCCACUCCAUCUUCACAGGGUCUCUUCAAUGCUGCCAAGAAAUCCACCAAAGGAAAGUUGUAUUCAGGGCUUUAUUUUUGCAAGACCAACCAAGGUGUCUUUAUCCAAUAUUUUCACAGGCAAGGCAUGACUUUCUGCUUUGUUACGUUUCUGUGAGUAAGUACUAGUGAUUUGUGUGGCCAGCUCAACAGUUAUAAGUUGGAGGGUUAUCUGUCAUAUUUCACCAUUUGCAAGUACAAUAAAUCUAUUAUAACACCUUAAUCUCACAUGUUAUUUUUGUGCAUUAUCUGCAGACUGACUGGAAAGAAAAGCGCCUAUGCAUGUGUAAGAGUUAAGACAUUCUGUGAAAAAAGGUUUUAUCUUCAUUCAUGGGAACUGCAUAUGGCUUGAAAAUUAUCAGUAGUUGAUUAAAAUGUUGAACAUCUUUCUUGCACAGAUUGAAAGUUUUGGAUAGAAAAGUAAACCUCUCAGUUACUGUUGUAUUUUACCAGCAACAGCAGUUUCAGCUUGAUGAUGUGGUUACUUGUGAACAAUGAUAUCCCUGAUGUGUGUCUGUGUUUGUGUGUUGUACACACACACACAUACACACACACACACAAACACUGAAUUUCAAGGUAUCAAGAUGUUGCUCAUCAGUUUCACUCAGACCUAUUGCACUGGGAAAUUAAUUUGGAGUUAAAUAAAAGUGAUAAUUAAU